AUGGCGACAGGGCGAACGGGCCGCAGCUGCUGGGAGGUGAGCCCGGGAGAGGCAGGGCGACCCCGCGGCGCCGCGGCCCCGGGAGAGGCGGCUUCGCCGCCGGUCCUGUCCCUCAGCCAUUUCUGCCGCUCGCCUUUCCUCUGCUUCGGGGAUGUCGGCCUGGGAACCUCGCGGACGCUGGGUCUGGCCCUGGCCAACCCGAACGAGGAGGUGGCUGAGGUGAAGAUCUGCCGCUUCCCGGCCCCGGACCGCGGCUUCAGCGUCACGCGGCGCUUUUUCGUGUUGCAGCCUAAAGAAAAAAUUGUUAUUUCUGUCAACUGGACACCUAUUGAAGAAGGCCGAGUAAGAGAGAUUGUGACAUUUCUUGUAAAUGAUGUUCUAAAACAUCAAGCCAUACUACUAGGAAAUGCAGAAGAAAAGAAAAAGAAAAAGAGGAGUCUUUGGGGUACCACUAAUAGAAAGAAACUAUCAACCUCUUCAACUCACAAGCGGACUGCAUAUAAUCAAAAUAUUAAUAAGACAUUUAGUGUCCCCCCAAAAGUUGAAAGAGUUAGGAGCCCACUACAGUCCUGUGAAAAUUUUGCUAUGCAUGAAGAUUGUUCCCCAACAGAAAACCAUUCUUUAAUCCUUAAAAAUGAAAUACCCUUAUCACCUAUUAGCUCCACUUUUAAAGAAUGCCAGGAUGAGACUGGCUUGCCAUUUUGUAUACGUCGAUCUACUACUUACACAUCUCUUCCUUUAUCUGAUAAUCAGGAACUAUUGAAAGUAGAACAUGUUAACAUUGCAAAAGAGUUUAAUGAGAAAGUUAUAACUGGAACUUCCUCUAACUCCAUAAAUAGUAUUAAUGACCACGUUGAUGAAGAUAAACUUAUUCUUACCCCAAACUGUUCUUCAACUUUGAAUAUUACACAAAACCUAGAACAUUUUUUAAGUCCAGAUUCCUUUGUGACUAAUAGCCAUGCAGUUAAUAAUGAACUAGAAUCAGUGGCGACUUUAUCAGAUACAUUUAUGAAACAUAAUUCAAGGCCUGUGCAUUUGGAAUCAAAAAUUGUAGAUAAGAUAUACCGUACCAUUUUAAGUCCAGAUACUUUCAUAAAUGAUAAUUAUGAACUAAAUCCAAAGCUGGAAUCAGAGUCAGUUCAACCCAUUCUAUCUCCAAAUCAAUUUGUAAAAGAUAACAUGGCCUAUUUAUGCACAUCUCAAGAAACAAGUAAAUUAUCACCAUUACCAAAUGAAGCCUCACUCUGUCCUCAAGACUGCAGAAGAAAUGGAGUUUUACCUUGCAUUCCUGAAUGUCAGGACCCAAAAUCCCCCAAAGCUAUUUUUGAAGAAGCCAACACUAUAGAAAUGAAGUCAAAUUGCUACAGCCUUAUACAACAAAAUCAGUCUAAAUGUUUGGCAGCUCAGGAGGUUUCUAGUUACAACCAAGAGAAACAGCUAAAAAGAAGGCCAGUACUUUCUGCUACUAUUACCAAAAGGAAACCCACUUGUGCGGGAGGAAACCACACUGAUACUGGUAAACCAAAGGCAAAAAGAUCUCUCAACAGUGCUGUAAGUAAAUGUGAAAGAGUAAUAGGUAAUCAUAAAGAUACUUUUACUACAUAUCUUCCCAUUAUACAGCCACAAUUAAGAAAGUGUAAGAGUUACAGAAAUGAAAUAACUCCUUCCUCAAAGACAUUUUUAGGUGCUCUCAAAAGAAAGAGUGAGAGAUAUGUGGAAAAUGCAGAUGUGAGCGUGACAGUUAUGGAACAUACGGAAGUCCAAGAAAUCAAAAGAAUCCACUUUUCUCCUAUGGAGUCUUCAACUGUUAAAAAAACAAAAAAGGUGAUGACGCCCACAUUAAAACGUACUCACAAAGACAAAUUGAACCUGCAGAAGAAAACCGAUUCACUAGUACACAGAACUCCUCAUUCUAAAAUCAGAAAAAGGACAAGACCCACUGUUGCUGUGGCUCAGGCCAGUUUGACCUUCAUAAAACCUUUGAAAAUAGAUAUUCCCAGACACCCAAUGCCAUUUGCUGCCAAGAAUAUGUUUUAUGAUGAACGAUGGAAAGAAAAGCAGGAAAGGGGCUUCACUUGGUGGCUAAAUUUUAUAUUAACUCCAGAUGACUUCACUGUAAAAACAAGUAUUUCUGAAGUCAAUGCUGCUACUCUUCUUUUGGGAAUGGAGAAUCAACAUAAAAUAAGUGUUCCUAGAGCUCCAACAAAGGAUGAAAUGUCUCUCAGGGCUUAUACUGCUCGGUGCAGGUUAAAUAGAUUACGUCGUGCAGCAUGUCAUUUGUUUACUUCUGAAAAAAUGGUUAAAGCUAUUAAAAAGCUUGAAAUUGAAAUUGAAGCUAGGCGGUUAGUUGUACGAAGAGAUAGACAUCUCUGGAAAGAUGUAGGAGAACGGCAAAAAGUCCUGAAUUGGUUGUUGUCAUAUAAUCCUUUGUGGUUACGAAUUGGCCUAGAGACAAUUUAUGGAGAACUCAUCUCUUUGGAAGACAACAGUGAUGUCACAGGAUUGGCUAUGUUUAUUCUUAAUCGCUUACUUUGGAAUCCUGAUAUAGCAGCUGAGUAUAGACACCCCAGUGUACCUCAUUUAUAUAGAGAUGGUCAUGAAGAAGCUUUAUCUAAGUUUACAUUAAAAAAGUUACUGCUGUUGGUUUGUUUCCUUGACUAUGCUAAAAUCUCCAAACUAAUUGAUCACGAUCCUUGUCUCUUCUGUAAAGAUGCUGAAUUCAAGACUAGUAAAGAAAUUCUUCUGGCUUUUUCACGAGACUUCCUAAGUGGUGAAGGAGACCUUUCCCGUCAUCUCAGCUUAUUGGGACUACCUGUUAACCAUGUUCAGACACCAUUUGAUGAAUUUGAUUUUGCUAUUACAAAUCUUGCUGUAGACUUACAGUGUGGAGUGCGUCUUGUGAGAAUAAUGGAACUGCUCACACAGAAUUGGAGUCUCUCAAAGAAACUUAGGGUCCCUGCAAUAAGCCGUCUUCAAAGGAUGCACAACAUUGACAUUGUUCUUCAAAUUCUUCAAUCACGAGGAAUUCAGUUAAAUGACGAGCAUGGAAAUACAAUCCUAUCUAAGGAUAUUGUGGAUAGACACAGAGAAAAAACUCUUGCAUUACUUUGGAAAAUAGCAUUUGCUUUUCAGGUGGAUAUUUCCCUUAAUUUAGAUCAGUUAAAGGAAGAAAUUGCUUUUUUAAAACACACCCAGAAUAUGAAGAAAGCAAUGUCUGUAAUAUCAUGCUGUUCUGAGGUUGUUAUUAAUAACAAAAGAGAUAGAAGGAAUAGUUGUUCCUUUGAGCAAUGUGGUGAAAACAUCAAGCUAUUGAUGGACUGGGUGAAUGCUGUUUGUGCCUUCUAUAAUAAAAAGGUGGAGAAUUUUACAGUAUCUUUCUCAGAUGGUCGUGUGUUAUGUUAUCUGAUCCACCAUUAUCAUCCUUGCUAUUUGCCUUUUGAUGCUAUCUGUCAGCGUACUACUCAAACUGUGGAAUGUACACAGUCUGGUUCAGUGGUGUUAAAUUCAUCUUCUGAAUCUGAUAGCAGUCCUCUGGAUAUGUCUCUUAAUAUACUUGAUAAUGACAAUACAUCAGAACUACACAAAGAACUCCUAGAAAAUGAAAAGAAAAACUUUCAGUUGGUUAGGUCUGCAGUUAGAGACCUUGGUGGAAUACCUGCUAUGAUUCAUCAUGCAGAUAUGUCAAAUACAAUUCCAGAUGAAAAGGUUGUUAUAACAUAUUUGUCAUUUCUUUGUGCAAGACUUUUGGAUCUUCGUAAAGAAACGAGAGCUGCUAGAAUUAUACAGACAACCUGGAGAAAAUAUAAACUAAAAACAGAUCUAAAGCGCCAUCAGGAGAGAGACAAAGCUGCAAGAAUUAUACAAUCAGCUGUAAUAACUUUUCUAACUAAGCAACGCUUGAAAAAAGAAGUUAAUGCAGUGUUGACCAUUCAGAAGUAUUGGCGAAGGCUCUUAGCACAGAGAAAAUUAGUAAUGUUGAAAAAGGAAAAACUAGAAAAAGUGCAAAAUAAAUCAGCAUCAGUUAUUCAGAGGUAUUGGAGAAGCUAUUCCACCAGAAAAAAAUUUCUGAAAUUGAGAUAUUAUUCAGUUGUCCUGCAAUCUAGGAUAAGAAUGAUAAUUGCCUCUAAUUCUUAUAAACGAUACCUUUGGGCUACUGUUACAAUUCAGAGGUAUUGGCGUGCUUGUUUAAGAAGAAACCAUGAUCAACAGAGAUAUAAAAUGAUCAAGUCAUCAUCCCUUAUCAUCCAGUCUAUGUUCAGAAGAUGGAAGUGGCAUAAAAUGCACUUACAAAUUAAAGCUGCAAUAAUAUUGCAAAGAGCUUUUAGAAAAUGGCAUACCAGAAAAAGAGCUAAAGAAGAAAAAUCUGCAGUUGUCAUACAGUCAUGGUAUAGAAUGCACAAAGAAUUGCAGAGAUACAUUCAUAUUAGAUCUUGUGUUGUUACCAUUCAGACAAGAUUCCGGUGCUUGCAAGCCCAAAAGUUAUAUAAAAAGAAAAAAGAGGCUAUUCGGACUAUUCAAAAGUACUACAAAGCAUAUCUAGAAGGAAAGACUGAACGCACAAAAUAUUUGCAGAAACGGGCUGCAGUCAUCCAACUACAGGGUGCUUUCAGGAGAAUGAAAGCACAGAAGUUGCACAGGCAAAUUACAGCUGCUUGUAUUCUUCAGUCAUAUUGGAGAAUGAAGCGAGACAGAUUUCAAUUUCUAAACCUUAGGAAAAUAGUCAUCAAAUUGCAGGCACACAUAAGAAAACACCAACAACUACAGAAAUACAAGAAGAUGAGGAAAGCUGCCUUGGUAAUUCAGAUUCAUUUCCGAGCUUAUGUUUUAGCCAAAAAUGUUCAAACAUCUUACCAGAAAAUACGUUCUGCUGUCAUUGUUCUGCAGAGUGCAUAUCGAGGGAUGCUAGCCAGGAACAAGUUUAACUGCACUCUCACUUCUAUUAUAAAGAUUCAAUCAUAUUAUCGAACUUACAUAGCCAAAAAAAAGUUUCUGCAUUUAAAAAAUGCUACAAUAAAGUUACAAUCAAUUGUCAAGAUGAGAGGAACUCGUGAAAGGUACUUACGUUUAAGAGCAGCUGCUCUGGUCAUCCAGCGCUGGUAUCGUUCAGUAAAAUUGGCAGCACUAAAGAGAAAAGAGUACAUGGUGGUGCAGGAAUCUUGUAUUAAACUGCAAGCUUGUGUUAGAGGCUACCUGGUUCGAAAGCAGAUGAGAUUGCAAAGAAAGGCUGCUAUUUCACUACAGUCUUAUUUCAGAAUGAGAAAGUUACGUAGAUCCUACUUGCAAGUUUAUAAAGCAGCUAUAGUCAUUCAGAGUUAUUAUCAUGCAUACAAAGCACAGGUGAAUGAGAGGAAGAACUUCUUGCAAAUCAAAGGAGCAGUCACUUGCUUGCAAGCAGCUUACAGAGGCUAUAGAGUGCGCCAGCUAAUCAAACAUCAAUCUGUUGCGGCUCUCAAAAUUCAAACUGCUUUCAGAGGCUAUAGUAAAAGGAUGAAGUAUCAAUCUGUGCUUCAGUCUACUGUCAAAAUUCAGAGACGGUAUAGAGCAUAUAGGACUGUUUAUGAAAUAAAAGCACAUUUUCUAAAGACAAAAAAGGCUGUGAUUUCUCUUCAGUCUGCUUAUCGUGGUUGGAAAGUUCGCAAGGAGAUCAAAAAGGAACAUGAAGCUGCAAUGAAGAUUCAGUCUACUUUUAGAAUGGUCCAAGCCCAGAAGCAGUUUAGACUGAUAAAAGCUGCAGCAUUAGUCAUCCAGCAACAUCUGAGAGCAUGGGCUGUAGGAAAGAAACAACGUAUAGAGUAUGUUGAACUCCGUCAGGCAGCACUGAUAAUUCAGUCUACCUGGAAGGGGAAAACAACAAGGAGACAUGUUCAAAAGCAACAAAAAUAUGCUAUUAUCAUACAGUCCUACUAUAGAAUGCACUUGCAGCGAAGGAAGUGGGAAACCAUGAGAAAUGCUGCUCAUCUCAUUCAAAUGUAUUACAGAGCUUACAGCAUUGGAAGGAAACAGCAUCAUUUGUAUUUGAAAACCAAAGCAGCUAUAGUAGUUUUACAGUCAGCUUACCGAAGUAUGAGAGUGAGAAAAAAAAUUAAGGAGUGGAACAAAGCAGCAAUCACUAUACAGUCUAAAUAUAGAACUUACAAAAGCCAAAGGCAAUUUGCAACCUAUAGAGCUUCAGCUAUUACCAUUCAGAGAUGGUUUCGAGGUAUUAAAAUUACAAAGCAUUGUCACAAGGGAUACCUUGAUUUAAAAUGGGCAGCAAUUAAAAUCCAAGCUACUUAUAGAGGAAGUAGAGUAAGAAGACAUAUUCAGUGCAUGCACAUGGCAGCCACUAUUAUUCAAGCCACUUUUAGAAUGCAUCAGUCAAAAGUAAGAUACCAUAAAAUGAAGACAGCAGCUGUCGUGAUUCAGAUAAGAUAUAGAGCCUGUUGUCGAGGUAAAACACUGCGUGAAAAGUUCUUGACAAUUUUGAAAGCUGUUAUUACUAUUCAGGCAAGUUUUAGAGGAAUGAGAGUUAGACAGACUGUAAGAAAGAUGCAGGUGGCUUCAACACUCCUUCAGUCCUACUACAGAAGAUAUAGACAACAGACAUACUUUAUUAAGUUAAAGAGGGUGACAAAAACAGUGCAGCAGAGAUACCGGGCACUCAAGGAAAGAAACAAACAAUUUCAAAGGUAUAGCAAAUUAAGGCAUUCUGUCAUAUGCCUUCAGGCUGCUUUUCGGGGGAUGAAAGCCAGAAAAGAUUUAAAAGUUAGGCAUUUAGCUGCAACCCUUAUUCAGAGAAAAUUUAGAACUAUUCUGACUAGAAGAAGAUUCCUGUCCCUCAGGAAAACUGCCAUUUGGGUUCAGAGAAAAUACCGUGCAACUGCUUGUGCAAAGCAUCACUCUGAACAAUUCCUACAAUUACGUAAGGCAGUCAUUCAAAUCCAGUCUGCAUACAAAGGAUGGAUGGUAAGAAAAAUGAUGCAAGAGAUGCACAGGGCAGCUGCCAUCCUCCAGGCAGCCUACCGGAUGUACAUAGCACGUGCAAGGUACCAAUCCUUGAAACAUGCUUCACUUGUAAUCCAGCGGCAGUACCGGGCAAAGAGGGCUGCAAAACUGCAGAGGCAAUGUUACCUCCAACAAAGACAUUCUGUUCUGACUCUCCAGGCUGCUUUUAGGGGCAUGAAGACUAGGAGACAUCUGAGAAGUAUGCAUUCCUCUGCAACCCUUAUUCAGAGCAAGUUUAGAUCUUCAAUGAUGAGAAAACGAUUCAUUUCCCUUAAAAAUGCUGUUAUUUUUGUUCAGAGGAAAUAUCGAGCCACCAUUUGUGCUAAGAGUCACUUGCACCAAUUUUUGCAGUUGAAAAAGGCAGUCAUCACAAUCCAGUCAUCAUGCCGGAGGCUGAGAGUACAGAGGAAGGUAAAGGAGAUGCACAGGGCUGCAGCUGUCAUCCAGGCUACUUUCAGAAUGCACAGAGCAUACAUUACAUUUCAGACUUGGAAACAUGCCUCAGUUCUCAUUCAGCAACAUUACCGAGGACACAGAGCUGUAAAGCUGCAAAGAGAAAAUUUUAUCAGGCAAAGGCAGUCUGCUGUGGUCAUUCAAGCUGCAUAUAAAGGAAUGAAAGUGAGACAGCUUAUGAGGAAAAAGAAGAAAGCGGCUGUCAUAAUACAAAGCACAUAUAGAAUGUAUAGGCAGUAUUAUUUCUACCAAAAGGUUAGGUGGGCUGCAAAAGUAAUACAGAAAGUAUAUAGAGCAAAUAAAAAACAGAAAGCUCUUCAACACCAUGCACUCACAAAAGCAGCAGCCUGUAUCCUGGACAUGAUUUUAAGGCAACAGAUUCAGGAGCAACAUCAGGCUGCCCUUGUUGUUCAGAAAUAUUUUAAAGCCUCAAAAAUAAGGAAAAACUAUCUCCACUUAAGAAAAACAGUUAUCUUUGUUCAAAGAAGAUUCAGAGCACUAACUGCAAUGCGUAUCCAAGCAGUUAUUUGUAUCCAGUCUUCUUACAGAGGCUUUAGGGUCCGAAGGGAUCUUCAGCACAUGCAUCUGGCUGCCACACGAAUUCAGUCAUUUUACCUCAUGCACAGGGCAAAUGCUGAUUAUCAAGCAAAGAAAGCUGCAGCUGUUGUUAUACAGAAUUUUUAUAGGUCAUAUGUCAGAGUGAAAUUGGAAAGAAAAAAGGUUUUUGCAGUUCAGAAUCCCCUACAGAGUAUUCAGGUUGCUUCUAGAGGCAGGAAAUUUAGAUCAGAGUUGAAAAACGUAUCUAAGGGAAAGUUGGCAGUCUCUGUUCCCCAACCCACUGUCAGCUGUCACAGAACUGAAACCCAAUAUGAGGCUAUUCAGAGCUCAGCAGCUGGGACUCACAAUUGUUAUAACACCUCUAUAGGUGCUUGGUCACAGGAAGCAGAGUUUGAUUUGCCAAGAAAGACUGUGGUAACAAUUCAAAAAGCUUUUUGUAAAACAGUCACAAGAAAACUGGAAACAGAAAAGCAUGCUGCCCUACAAAUUCAGUCCUUCCUUCAGAUGGCUGUGUGUCGUCGACGAUUUGUUCAGCAGAAAAGAGCUGCCCUCACUUUACAGCAGUAUUUCAGAACAUGGCAAACCAGAAAAUGGUUUCUUGCCUACAGAAAAGCAGCAAAGAUCUUACAAAACCACCACAGAGCCUUUCUGGCUACAAAACAUCAAAGAGAAGUUUAUUUACAGAUUAGGAAAAGCAUAAUCAUUACUCAAGCUGUAAUGAAAGGAUUUAUACAGAGGCGGAAGUUUCAAAAAAUUAAAGAUAGCACCAUUAAAAUCCAGGCUGCUUGGAGGAAAUACAAAGCCAGGAAGUAUUUAUGUAAAGUGAAAGCUGCCUGUCAGAUUCAAGCCUGGUAUAGAUGUUGGAAAGCACGUAAAGAAUAUCUAGCUGUUUUAAAAGCUGUUAAGGUCUUUCAACGUUGUUUCUAUACCAAACAGAAGAGAGCAUGGUUUUUGAAGUUGCGAUCAUCAACAAUUGUCAUUCAGAGAAAAUGGAGAGCUACACUUUCGACAAGAAGAGCUUGUGAGCACUUCUUAAUGAUAAAACGACAUCAAGCUGCCUCUUUGAUCCAAGCAUAUUUUAGAGCAUAUAAAGCACGGCAGGUCUUUCUUCAGGAGAAGGCUGCUGCUGUGGCCAUACAAAGAUUUAUACGAACCAGGGAAGCUGGAAAGCGUGAAAGGAUAAAAUAUGUUAAAUUGAAAAGAUGUACAGUUGUUCUGCAAGCACUGGUGCGUGGUUGGUUAGUAAGAAAAAGGAUUUCAGAAGAGAGAGCCAAAAUCAGACUUCUUCAUUUCACAGCAGCUGCAUUUUAUCACCUGUCUGCUCUUAAAAUUCAGAGAGCAUAUAAACUUCACCUGGCUAUAAAGAAUGCUAAUAAACAGAUUAAUUCAGUCAUCUGUAUUCAGAGAUGGUUUCGAGCAAAAUUAGAGAGAAAGAAGUUUAUUCAGAGAUAUCAUAACAUCAUAAAAAUUCAGCAUGAGGUUCAAGAACGCCUGAAGCAGCAAAAUUGGGCAGCAUCAGUUAUACAAAAUAGAAUACGCCAUUUUCUCCUCCGUAAAAAACAAGACAAAUUUAAUAAUGGAAUCACUAAAAUUCAGGCAUUUUGGAGAGGAUAUUCUUGGAGGAAGAAAAAUGACUGUACAAAAAUUAAAGCUAUACGACUAAGUCUUCAGAUUGUUAAUAGAGAGAUUCGAGAAGAAAACAAGCUCUACAGAAGAACUGCACUUGCACUUCAUUAUCUUUUGACAUAUAAGCAUAUUUCUGCAAUACUCGAGGCUUUAAAACACCUAGAGGUAGUUACUAGAUUGUCUCCACUUUGUUGUGAGAAUAUGGCCCAGAGUGGAGCAAUUACUAAAAUAUUUGUUUUGAUCCGAAGUUGUAAUCGGAGUGUUCCUUGCAUGGAAGUCAUCAGAUAUGCUGUACAAGUAUUGCUUAAUGUUGCUAAGUAUGAAAAAACUACUUCAGCAGUUUAUGAUGUAGAAAACUGUAUCGAUACACUGUUGGAGCUUUUGCAGAGAUACCGAGAAAAGCCGGGUGACAAAGUUGCAGACAAAGGGGGAAGUAUUUUCACAAAAACUUGUUGUCUGUUAGCUGUUUUACUGAAGACAACAAAUCGAGCCUCUGAUGUUCGAAGUAGGUCCAAAGUUGUUGACUGUAUUUGUAGUCUCUACAAACUUACAGCCCGUAAACAUAAAAUGAACACUGAAAGAAUAAUUAAUAAACAAAAGAAUUCUUUAAUGAACAUUCCCAUUAUUCCAGAAACACCUGUAAGAACCCGGAUAGUUUCAAGACUUAAGCCAGAUUGGGUUUUAAGAAGAGAUAAUGUGGAAGAAAUCACAAAUUCUCUACAAGCUAUUCAAAUGGUGAUGGACACACUUGGCAUUCCUUAUUAAUAAAUAGAACCAUUCUCACUAUGUACAGUUAAAAACAAAAACAUUUCAAACUGAUCAUGAAUGUGUACAG